AUGGCGAGGCGGAGGCGCACCCCUCCUCCGGCAUUACUCCCCGACGCUGGCGCCCCCAUCCCUGGCAUGCGCGCGACGGCUGCCUGCAAGUCGCGCCGGCCUCCUCCCUCCCCUCCUCGGCACCUGUGCCGGCCGUCGGCCUCUUCCCCCUCCUCCUCCCCCGUCCCUGGCAUGCCCGCGCCGCGGUCCCUGCGUGCCGGCCGCGGCUCCCUCCGCUCGCGCGCGCCUCCCGCCGGGCCUCGAGCUCCGCGGCUCGCGGCGGGGGCGAAGGCGGUCUCGAGCCUGGGCGGGUGGGUGGCGGAGGUGGCCGAGGAGCUGUCGCGGCAGCCGGAGGCGCGCGCCGCACCGGCGACCGCGCAGGCGUGGGCGGCCUCGCCGCCGCGGCCUCGAGCUCGAGCUCGGCCCUCCCCGGUGCGGACGACGGCGAGCUGGCGGAUCCGCGCUGCCUCUCCUGCCUCGUCCCCACCCUCUCUCUGGCCUCCCCCACACCCUUCGUUCCGCUCCGGCCCGGCGAGCAGGGGCAGCGCCCGCGGCCCCGGCUCCCUCCGCUCGCGCCGGCUGCAGUGGCGGGCCACGGCGGCCGCGGCCGCGGCUCCCUCCGCUCGAGCGGGCUCCGGUCAGGAGGACAUUGGUUGA